AACCAUUCGGCACCUGGCGGAGAUAAGGCAGAGUGUUCGAACUGUAGCGCGACGCACACCCCGCUCUGGAGGAGGGGACUGAACGACGAGCUCAAUUGCAACACUUGUGGGCUAUACUGUAAGCUCCAUAAGUGCCCGCGCCCGAAGACUAUGCGCAACAAUCACGGCGAGCGCUCACGAGCAGCUCCUCACCCAGAGUCCAACGAAGUUAUGGGUCAGUCUGCCUAUCUUUCUCCUCGUUUGCACCAUAUGACUAAUCGGCUCCAUUUCCUUCGUUUGUUCAUUUCACCUGCUGUUGAAUCGAAGUGCUAUAACUGCAACACCACCGCUACGCCCCUGUGGAGGAAGGAUGACGAGGGCAAGACUGUCUGCAAUGCCUGCGGUUUGUACUUCAAGCUGCACGGUUCUUCCCGACCCAUCUCUAUGAAAUCUGAUGUCAUUCGUAAACGAUCCCGGCACGAAGCCCACCAUGCCUCCAUCAUCGGUGGGAAUCCCCCCGAUACACCCUCCGCCUCCCCGGGCGCGUCCCGUCGCACUUCUCCCACCUCGGGUCAUGACGGAACGAACAACUCCAACUCGCUCUCCCCGAUCCUCGCCCCCGAUUUGACCACACAGAUGAAU